UCACAAUUCUAAUCAGCACUAGGCAUGUGUAUCUCUGUCACUGGCUGUUUUGCAGCAGAUACACUGAGCUGGAGAGGUAAAAUUACAAAAUUUUCUUUUCAAAGCAACAGCCCCUGAUCUAUUACAAUAAACAAACUUCCAUCUCUAAGCAACUGAUCUCUUAGCAACAAGAAGCACCUGCAUAAAAGAUGCUACAGAGAGUGAUCACCAGAAAACCUAUCCAGACCUUUAAGAGGAGCACAUCAGGAGCCAGGAUAGCACUCUCCACCGGCAAAAAUCCAGAAGUAACAAGAACACACAGCAAAGCAGAAUCUCCUGGAAAAGAUGGUCCUGGAAACUCUGAAUCCGAUGCACUACAACAUCACCAGCCUGGUACCGGACACGAUGCCAGUGGCCACAGUGCCCAUACUCAUCCUCACGUGCUUUCUUUUUCUAAUAUGGAAUCAUGAAGAAACUUCAUCAAUACCAGGGCCAGGAUACUGUAUGGGAAUCGGUCCCCUCAUUUCACAUGGGAGAUUCCUCUGGAUGGGAGUAGGGAAGGCCUGCAACUACUACAAUAAGACAUAUGGAGAAUUUGUGAGAGUUUGGAUCAGCGGUGAAGAAACAUUUAUAAUUAGCAAAUCCUCAAGUGUGUUCCACGUAAUGAAGCACUGGCAUUACGUGUCUCGGUUUGGGAGCAAGCUGGGACUGCAGUGCAUUGGCAUGUAUGAGAAUGGGAUCAUAUUUAACAACAACCCAGCACACUGGAAGGAAAUCCGGCCCUUUUUCACCAAAGCUCUGUCGGGCCCCGGGCUGGUGCGGAUGAUCGCCAUCUGUGUGGAGUCAACCAUCGCCCACCUGGACACGCUCCAGGAAGUGAGGACGGAGCUGGGGAACAUCAACGUGCUCAACCUCAUGAGGCGGAUCAUGCUCGACACAUCCAACAAGCUCUUCCUUGGGGUCCCUCUGGAUGAAAAUGCCAUUGUGCUUAAGAUUCAAAACUACUUUGAUGCCUGGCAAGCACUGUUAUUAAAGCCUGACAUAUUUUUUAAGAUCUCUUGGCUGUGCAAGAAGUACGAAGACGCGGUCAAGGAUCUUAAAGGAGCAAUGGAAACCUUAAUAGAACAGAAACGACAGAAGCUUUCCACCGUUGAAAAGCUGGACGAACACAUGGAUUUUGCAUCCCAGCUGAUUUUUGCACAGAACAGGGGGGAUCUGACUGCUGAGAACGUGAACCAGUGUGUGCUGGAGAUGAUGAUUGCAGCUCCCGACACCCUGUCUGUGACUCUCUUCUUUAUGCUAAUCCUGAUUGCAGAGCACCCCACAGUGGAAGAGGAGAUGAUGAGAGAAAUUGAAACAGUUGUGGGGGACAGAGACAUUCAAAGUGAUGACAUGCCACACUUAAAGGUCGUGGAGAAUUUUAUUUAUGAGAGCAUGAGAUACCAGCCAGUCGUGGACCUGAUCAUGAGGAAAGCGCUGCAGGAUGAUGUCAUUGACGGCUACCCCGUGAAAAAGGGCACAAAUAUUAUCCUCAAUAUCGGCCGCAUGCAUAAGCUCGAAUUCUUCCCAAAGCCAAACGAGUUUUCUCUUGAAAAUUUUGAGAAAAAUGUUCCUUCACGCUAUUUCCAACCAUUUGGCUUCGGCCCCCGGAGCUGUGUGGGGAAGUUUAUUGCCAUGGUAAUGAUGAAGGCAAUCCUAGUGACUCUUCUGAGGCGGUGCAGAGUACAGACAAUGAAAGGAAGAGGCCUGAACAACAUCCAGAAGAACAAUGACUUAUCCAUGCACCCCAUAGAAAGGCAGCCUCUGCUGGAGAUGGUUUUUACACCCAGAAGAAACGUGAACGAGAAUCAGGGUGAUAGAAUGGAUCAGCACUAAAGUUACAGGGUUUUCUCAGCCACUAAGAAAUACUCAUCAUUCCCAGUUAAACAUGUAAAGUUAAACAUUUUGCUGCCCCUAAAUGACUACAGCUUCAGGUGACAACUUGUUCUGCCUGUACAGCAGAGCCUCAGGCCACAGUUGGAAAGACUGAAAGUGCAGAAUAGUCCGGUUGUAGGUGAUGCCAUGCUCCACAAUUCCUGAUUACUUUUUAAAACCACAGAUUUCAGAUAAAGUGAUGUCUUGCCUUUCAAACACUGCCAGUUCAGGGGUUUGAGGGUCAACAAAAGAACAUACAUGAUGUAUAUUUAGUUCCAGGACUACACGAGUCCCUUUUCCCCCCACCUCCCCAAAGAUGGACCAAGGAGCUUUUGACUACUGCAAAAGCUCCAAUUACUUGUUUUCAAAACAGCUGAACGAAUAACAUUAGUUCAAGACUAAGAAACAAUUUAAAAUAUUUCAGACAUCUAUAAGUUGUAAAGAAAUGUUUGAACAAGAAGUCACUCAAACAUUUCUCUUUACCAUGUUUUGCUGUCCUACUGAACAGAUACCAAAGAUUUACGGUGUCCCAUAGAUUUUACCAAUAGUAGUAAUUUUCAGAGUACAAGGUAAUAAUGGCCACUGAGACAACUGUUCUAUGUUUAACCCAGUGUCCUGCUGCAGGGGAUCUGUAAACACCUCAGCAAAGGCCAGGUGAGAAUGAGGGAAUGAACAUGAAACACUGCCCCCAGUAUUACGUGGGUGGGGUAACUCUCAGCCUGCCCCACCUCCUCACCUCAUUGACUGUAGAAAUUUCCCACCUCACCUCCGUUUGGUGAAGAAGGUCAAAUUCCCUCUAAGCUGCCUAAGAUGUGCCAAAUCUUUUUUUGACCGGGUUUUAGUUGCUCAAGCCUCCUUCAGAGAGCAAGAUUUGGAGUUGCUGCCCAUGUUCCCACACCACAGCAGGAGAGAGUGUCCCUCCCUAAUUAUCCAAACAACUCUUGCUGCUUCUCCUGUAAGAGCUCUGGGGCUGUGUCCCGCUCUCAAGCAUCUUGCCCCAUGCCCACUGAUGGAGAGGGUUCUGUAGCUUGAGAAACAUUGCCACAAGAGGCAGAUUUCACUGGAUAAAUGCUCAGAGCUUUGCAGUGACAAAGAGGAGUUGUGCAGUAACAAGGAGAUUUCUAGAAAAUGUUUUUCAAAGUAUUUUGCAACACAGGUUUUUAUUUUAACUGUAAACCAGGCUGAGGUUUAUACUUAAUCCUUAGCAGGAAAAAGUGACAACUACCCAACAUUUCUGUUCAGAAUUGACCCAUCUUGAAAUCUGUACAAUCUGGACGUUGAUAUCUCUACUAGCCUAAUGAGGAGUUACUAGCUUGGUCAAGAAGAAAAAGAUCUUCCUGGCUUAAUGACAACAUUCCUUGACAGAGACUUUCCAUUUUCAUUAAGCUUGAGUUUUCAUACUGUGUAACACAAAGAAAGGGAUUUUCCGGAUAAAGUGCCUUGAUAAAGACAACCAACCAAUGUACAGUGGGCUUUAUGUUAACCUUUUCCUUCCAAGCCAUUUAAACUAUAAUAGAAGGCAAGAAAAAAAAAGGGGAGGGAAGAGAAAAAUUGUCUUUACUUGGAAAAUAUAAUUUUAAUUAAUUAAUAUCUAUUCCUUCAGACCACUGAUCUCAGGCACAAGUCCAGCAGCAAAAGAGCUAUCCAGUAGCACAGAAAAACUGCAGAAACCCAACAAAUAAUCAUGUGCCCCACCCAAAGGUAAUGAAUUACCCUGGGAAUAGUGACAAAGAAGAGGAGCUGCAUAUUUAAGGUAAUUCUCAGAACAACAUAAUUUUCUGCAGUAAUUAAAGGGGGAAAAAAAUCAAACUUGAAAGCAGAAGAAUUUAUUGCAGGUAGGUUACUUAUAAAACUUUCUCCAUAACAUUUACAUUAUACCAAAAAUUACAUUAGUGAAGUGCAAUCCUGCACCACCUGUACAUACAUACAGAUAGAAAUAGGAUUUAAUGGUAAGACUCAAUGGUCUUUUCCAAAUUGAAGGAUUCCAUGUUUCUAGAACGUCUAUUUUUUAAGUCAUGAAGUGACACAGUGGUAUGAAUCUGUGGAAUAUCUAAUGUAACCUCUGCUUCUACAUUCUUUGUACCCUUUAAAAUAGGAAAUUGUUAGAGCAGUUGGGAGAAGCAAAAACAAGAAACAAACCCAACCAUGUUUAAAGCCUUUUUACUCAUUCUGUAUCAUAAAACACAUCGGGGUACUUCAGUGGGCAAGCAUCUCUUAUUUGCAUAAGAACUCUGAAAAGAAAUCCCCAGAGGGUUUUUUUUCUAGGGAAUAAAUUACUAUUUUAUACACAGGAUACAUAUCUUUGCUUAUUUCACACACAAAACCAAUUUUGUAGUGAUAAUUCACUCUCUGAUUUUCCCACCUCAGAAUUAUAGGCCUCCUCCAAGUAAAAUUUUUCACAAACUUGAAAUUAAUAAAUUAUCACUCAAAUUUUGAAGUAAUUUUAUGAAAUCAAACAGACGAAAAAUGCAUGCUGCUCUGAUUUCUUGAAUGUAUUAUAUAUUGUUGAAUUUGUAGGCUGGAACUUCAGAAACAUGAUUACCAUAAUUAUUCUAUGGACAAAAUAAAGCAGUAUCAUUUUUUACUCUUUGUCAGCAAGGCAACGGAGUGACUUCCCAUUGUGUUUGAAGUGCAUUCUUUCUGAUAUGUUUUGAACACAGCAUUUCUGGUCCUCUGGUUUCUACAGGAUUUCGUUUUGUCCACGUUUGGACAGCAGAGCUGUAAUUAAUCCGAGCUCUCAGCUCAUCUGAGUCCCGUUCUCCCUGACUUUAUUCCGGCUGUUCCUCAGUGGUCUAUUUGCAUGAAUAUUUGCACUGCCAGGUCCAUUUCCCCAUCCCAUAAUCUCCCAUGUGCUUGAGAGCUGCAGCUGGGGAAGCAGCAUUUCCACACUUGCCAUGUGGAUAGGAACAGUUUCAACCUCUCCACUGUACAGAACAGAGCUCUGAUUUCAAGCAGUGUUUUACUACUGGGUACUGUAAAAACUCACGUGGCUUUUCAAACCCCAGCAAGCCCACGGCCAUCAGGUGGCUGCUCCAUUAAUGCUCCAUGCAUGGACACACCACAAACCUGUGUUUUAUACAUCACUGUGAUUAUGGGCUGCUCACAGCACAUGGAUGUGGAUGUUGCUAGAAAAUAAAAUGAACGCCAAAUAAAAGUUGUAUGCAAAAGA